CAUAAUGACUUAAACUGGGAAUUGAGUUUGACAUGAUUAUGUGUAUUGGUAUAUUGGAUGAAAUUACCUGCAUCAUGGUUUUCAAAAUUGAGUUUUGAACUUAUUUGUUUUCAAGUAAUUAUUUUGGAAAUUUUUUGUUUUAACCAAGUGAGAGAUUUGGUGAAGAAUGAAUUUUGUGUGGAUCAAUCUAAGGCCAAUAUUUCCUUGUAGCUCGCACGGAAGUUGUGAAAAUGUUCCUACUGACCAGUCGAGAGGAGUGGGGGCGGUUGAUGCAAGACCGCCAGUAUUAGAUUAUGCAAAGAUGAAGAGUUUGGGUGGUAGGGACUUUAAAGGAGAUGUGAGUCCGGAUGCUGUGGUAGAGUGGUUGAGGGAGAUGGAAGAUGUGUUUGAAUAUCUUUAUGCGACCCCAGAGGAAAAAGUACAAUAUUAUGUUUUUCUCCUAAAGGGGUACGCGAGGAGCUGGUGGUCCUUAGUCUCUAGAGUUAAUGGUGAACGAGUUCAGUUCACCUGGGAUGAGUUACUGAAGGCCUUUAAGACAGAGUUUCUUCCCGAAGCUUUUAUCAAGGAAAAGAACAAUGAAUUUGCCAACCUUAAGCAGGAGAACAUGACAGUUACUGAGUACACCAUCAAGUUUGUUCGACUGCUUUACUUUGAGGAUGGGUUGGCGGAUACUGAGCAUAAGAAGAAGAUGAGAUACUUGCAUGGUCUGCGCAUAGGGUUGAAAGAAAAGGUCCACAGGGUUGAUGAAGAGAGUAUGGCCACAAUCAAGGAGGCAGCACUUAAGUAUGAAGCCUAUGAAGUUGAGAGCCGAGAGGAACACAAGGCUAAAGAAGAGGAGAAGAAGAGGAAGUUUGGAGUAAAUUAUGCUGGACCUCGUUACCCACCCAGGAGAGGUCCUAGCAGUUUUGGGAGAACACCAAGUCAAUCUAUGUCAGGAACAUCAUACAGGGCACCAAUUUCCUCAGCCACACAAUUUCCAUUUUGUCAAGUUUGUCAGAAGAGGCAUCUUGGAGAGUGUAGGAGAUUUUCUGGUGUAUGCUUUCACUGUGGCCAACCUGGGCACAUCAUGAGGGAUUGCCCGCAUUUGAGAGAAGUAAGAGCUACACAGUCCGAGCCUUCAGUGCAAUUUAGUAGAGCCCCAUUCAGGGGUGGUUACCAGGGAGGUCAUAGUGGAUUUCAGAGUGGUCGUGGUGGUUCACAGGGUGGUAGAGGUGGUGGUCGAAAUCAGCCAUCAGGAAGUGGGACGCAGGGUACCAGAGCACAGGGAGCACCGAGGGUUUAUGCAAUGACUCGAGGUGAGGCAGAAGUGGCACCAGAAGUUGUGACUGGUAUGCUUUCUAUCCUUGGCAAGCAAUUAUAUGCUUUGAUCGAUACUGGUUCCUCUCACUCAUUCAUGUCAUAUACGUUUGCACAUAUGCUACGCUUAGUUCCAGAUAAGCUAGGUUAUACCUUAUGUGUUAAAACACCUGUGGGAGAUACCUUGAAGGUAGACUCAGUUAUUAGAAGUUCCUUCAUUUGUGUGGAAGGAGCUUUCCUAGCAGCAGAUUUAAUUCUGCUACCUUUUGAUGAAUUUGAUGUCAUCCUUGGAAUGGACUUUCUGGCAACACAUGGAGCUGUUGUGGAUUGUCAAAAGAAAGAAGUGUUAUUCAACAGACCAGAUAAAGGUCCUGUUGUAUUCCGAGGCAUUAAGAAAAAGGAGACUCAUGGUUUUCUUUCUGCCUUGGAAGCUUUUCGAUUAGUGAAGGAAGGUUGUGAAGCCUUUCUUGCUCAAGUUACUGUAGUAAAUGAUAAGAAGGUUGAGGAUGUAGAGGUGGUAAGGGAGUUUCCUGAUGUAUUACCCGAAGAACUUCCCGGCCUUCCACCAGAAAGGGAAGUAGAGUUUGAUAUUGAAUUGGUACCUGGCACAACACCAAUUUCAAUGGCACCAUAUAGAAUUGCACCAAUUGAGCUGAAGGAGCUUAAAGAACAAUUGCAAGAAUUGUUAGACAAGGGGUUUAUUCGACCUAGCAUCUCACCUUGGGGUGCACCAGUUUUGUUUGUCAAGAAGAAAGAUGGCUCCAUGAGAAUGUGCAUUGACUACCGGAGGUUGAAUAAGGCGACAGUGAAGAAUCGUUAUCCCCUUCCAAGAAUAGAUGACUUGUUUGAUCAAUUGCAGGGUGCAUCGGUCUUUUCUAAGAUUGAUUUGAGGUCUGGAUACCAUCAAUUGAAAGUGGCAGAUGGAGCAACCUCAAAGACAGCUUUUAGAACAAGAUAUGGGCAUUAUGAGUUCCUGGUAAUGCCUUUUGGACUCACUAAUGCACCAGCGGUAUUUAUGGCUCUUAUGAACAGAGUUUUCCAUGAAUAUCUUGAUAAGUUUGUGAUUGUAUUCAUAGAUGAUAUUCUCAUCUAUUCUAAAAGCGAGGAGGAGCACAAAACUCACCUUAGAAUUGUGUUGCAAAUUCUAAGAGAGAAACAAUUAUAUGCAAAAUUCUCAAAAUGUGAGUUUUGGCUGAAGGAGGUAAUAUUUAUGGGACAUGUAAUAUCUGGAAAAGGUGUUGAGGUGGAUCCGAAAAAGGUGGAAGCAGUGGUGAGUUGGGCUCCACCAAAAGAUGUGUCGGAGUUGAGAAGUUUUCUUGGCAUGGCAGGUUACUAUCGGCGGUUUGUCGAAGGAUUUUCUAAAAUUGCUGCACCAUUGACUAAACUGUUGAGGAAGAAAACUAAGUAUGUUUGGGAUGAAUCAUGUCAAAAGAGUUUUGAUGAACUGAAAAAGAGAUUGACCACAGCACCAGUACUUGCACUACCUUCAAGUCAGGGAGAGUUUGUGGUGUAUAGUGAUGCCUCGUAUCAAGGACUGGGUUGUGUGUUAAUGCAUGAUGGAAGAGUUAUCGCAUAUGCCUCUAGGAAAUUGCGUCCUCAUGAAGUAAAUUAUCCCACUCAUGACUUAGAAUUGGCAGCGGUGGUAUUUGCUCUCAAGAUUUGGCGACAUUAUUUGUAUGGUGAGACUUUUAAAAUCCUAACUGAUCACAAAAGCUUGAAGUAUAUUAUGGAUCAGAAGGAUUUAAAUAGUCGCCAGAGGAGAUGGAUAGAGUUGUUGAAAGAUUAUGAUUGUACCAUUGAUUACCAUCCAGGUAAAGCUAAUGUAGUUGCGGAUGCUCUGAGCAGAAAAGGCAAGAAGAAUAUAACGGAUCUGGUUGAUUUGAGGGCAAUGAAUGUUGAUUUGGAAGUGGAUGGUGUAACAGGGUUACUAGCUCGGUUGAACAUUCGACCUUUGUUGCAUGACAAAAUUCGUGAGAAGCAGAAGGAGGACCCAGAGUUGGCAAAAACCAUUCAAGACAUUGAGGAAGGAAAAGAAAGCCCAUUUGAAAUGGUAGAUGGCAUGUUGAAGAUUAAUGGAAGAGCAUGUGUUCCUAAUGUUGAUAACUUGAGGAAAUAGAUACUAGAUGAAGCUCAUUCUUCUGCUUAUGCUAUGCACCCAGGAGCAACUAAAAUGUAUCACACGAU